GGUAUUCGUCGCGACAAACUAUAUGGGCAAAUGGCAGGUAUUGGAGCCCAUCAUGAAUGUCGAGGUUUCGUGUCCUUCCGAAUAUCAGGGAGAGCUCAUCGGACAGGUCUCCCGACGCAAUGGUGUCCUCAUCUCCACCGACGACUCGAAUAAUUGGUUCACAAUUAAUGCUGAAGUGCCAUUGAAUGACAUGUUUGGAUUCGCCACUGAAUUGAGGUCCAGUACUCAGGGAAAGGGAGAUUACACUAUGGAGUACUGCCGCUACUCACCCGCCAGAGCGGACCUAACCCAACACCUCAUCGAACAAUACAAUCAACAGUUGGAGGCAAACAGACUCAUGAAGAAGAAGAAUAAAUAAUGAUUUGUCUAAUAAAGACAUUUAAGCAGUA